CUGCUGCUGCUGCUCAGAAGCCUCUGGAGGAGCAGGGAUGCUGCUGGUGCCUUGCAAGCCUCCUCCCUGAAGAGCAUGAAGCCUGCCAUCGCGGAGCCAGCAGAGGGGCCUCCUUCCUCCUCCUCCUCCUCCUCCUCUUGCUCCUGGGAGAGGCUGCGGACCAGGGAGAGGCUGGGGGCCGCCUUGGCCGGCCUGGCUGAGCUGGCCCUCCUCCGGCAGAGGCAGGAGCGCAGGGUCCGGAGGGAGCUCCGGGAGAACAGCGGAGGAGCCCCUGGCAAGAGGCCCCCCCUGGAGCCCCCUCCCCGGAGCCUGGAGGAGAAGGUCCUGGAGGAGAACAUCCUGCUCCUCAGGAGGCAGCUGCAGAACUGCUUGCGAAGGCGCGAUGCAGGACUAUUAAACCAGCUGCAAGAACUGGACAAACAGAUCAGCGAUCUGAGGCUGGAUGUGGAAAAAACAGCAGAUGAACACCUGGAGACAGACAGCCGUCCCAGCUCAGGGUUUUAUGAGCUGAGUGAUGGAGCUUCCGGGUCCCUCUCCAAUUCGUCCAACUCUGUUUUCAGCGAGUGUUUGUCCAGCUGCCACUCCAGUACCUGCUUCUCUAGCCCUUUGGAUGCCUCCUUGAACAGCUCAGAUGGACGCCCCAAAUCUGCAGAUCUCAUUGGCUGGUUGGAGUAUAACAAAGGAAGUCAACAUGAAGACCAAUCUAUGGGGAUGGUGUCUCCCUCUUCCUCCUCACCAUAUUCAAAUUCCCUUGAUGUGAUUUCUGAUGUGCAUCCAAAAUAUCAGUGUGAUCUGGUGUCCAAAAAUGGAAAUGAUGUGUACCGUUACCCCAGUCCCCUACAUGCAGUUGCUGUCCAGAGCCCAAUGUUUCUCCUGCCAGUGAUUGGUAACCCCCCGAGAGAAGUGGAUGAAGAAGAAAGACCUGAAGACAACACUGUUGAUGUUGGUGCUGGAUCUGAACUUAACUCAGCAAAACCAGGUGCUUCUUGUCCCCCACACAUCUCUCAUUCCACAUCCUGUCCCACAGCCAGCCAAAAAAUUGACAGUUACAUUUUGAGCCUUGUGCAGAAAAAGAUCCCUUCGGUGAGGACUAACAAGCCAAGAACAAACCUGAACGCAGACCCUGCCAAAGGGAUUUUGAGACAUGGAAGCAUGUGUGUUCGACAGGUGACUGGUACAGCACACAACAGUGUUACAAAUCUUAAGAGUAUGGGCCAGGUGUUUCCUCAUUCCAGUGGAACCACCACCACCACCACCAUCCUUGAUAAUGGUGCCUUCUCCCCCUUAAAGGAGCAUUCAAAAGAAAUGGAGCAUCAGGAGACCAAAAAGAUGCCUCCUCCAACAAAUGUAAACAAUGAACUUCAAAGCAAACACUCGGGAAGGAAUUUCAAAUCUCAAGAGGUGGCACGGUGUCCUGUGGUCAACAAGGGGGACAUCGCCAAGGAAAAUGGCCAGGCCUUUGUGGCAUGUCCUAAAGAAAGCCCUUGUAAUCAUGGGACACUAUUGAAGGAAAGUAAAGCCACCCAGCUUCCCAAAAAGAUACUGUUUAAAAACAGUGGGGUACAAGCAGCGUGCUCCAUUCCACCCUCUCAGGAAACUAGGCUUCCACUUGAUUUCAAGAGUGAAGUGUUGUCUUCUCAGAGACUAGAGGAGAGUGUACUGGUGAACGGCCAGUACAUACCAGCUGAGCCCCAACCAGUGAGACUUCACAAGGGCACCAGAAGUGUCAAAAUCCUCAAGAGCUCUAUGGCAAAACACAGGUCCCAUCUUGUCACCGUGAUGGAAAAUGGGCCACAGGUUGGGCGGGAGAAAGGCAAACCCAUGAGCAAAAAGUGCCAUUUCCCUGAUGACCUGGAUACGACUAAAAAGCUGAAGAAGGCCACCAUGAAAGGGAAGAAAAGCAGCCAUCUGCUGCCAGAAACGAGCCUUCUUAGUCGGCCAUCGGGUGUGUUGAAAUCUGGAUUGAGGCCCCACGGACAUGGCCGAGAACCUGUGGUAGCCAAACCCAAGCAUAAGCGGGCCGAUUAUCGUCGCUGGAAACUGUCAGCUGAGGUGUCGUAUGAGGAAGCCCUUCGGCGGGCAAGGAGAAACCGGAGAGAAGCAGUUGGGGUCUACACACAGGUCCCCCAUCCUUACACCAGCCCCUAUGCCUAUGUGGCAAGUGACUCAGAGUAUUCAGCGGAAUGUGAAUCCCUUUUCCAUUCCACGGUAGUGGAUACCAGUGAGGAUGAAAGGAGCAACUACACGACCAACUGCUUUGGGGACAGUGAAUCCAGCUUGAGUGGGGUGGAGUUUGUUGGUGAAAGCACAACGACCAGUGACUCAGAUGAAAGUGGGGGUCUCAUUUGGUCCCAGUUCGUCCAGACUCUUCCAAUCCAGGCAGUUGCCGCUGCUUCAGAGCUCCACGAAAAUGCAGCCAAAGCAUUUGUUAAGAUUAAAGCCUCGCAUAACCUAAAGAAGAAAAUCCUCCGCUUUAGAUCUGGCUCUCUCAAACUGAUGACUACUGUCUAAAUUUCUACUGGUCAUAAACAGUAACAGUGAUGAUUUUAAUUGAUGAUGAUGAUGAAGAAACACAUGCUUGCUAGAGGGAUCUGUGUGUAAAUAUGUGCCUCUAGUUGGUGUGUGUGAACAUGUACAUUGUGCACCAAGUUUUUGUGGGGCCCUGGGUGCUUUUGUUCAGUACACAGAAGGCACAAAAGUAAUGCUAGCCCCUCUACCCAUCCAACAAAAGGGUCACCAAGCAAAGUGUCCCCUAGCAUACAAAAAGUGGGAUGUGCAAAUGCAGAAGCCAUUUAUGGUGGCUGUAAAGUUUUCAGGUACUCCAUGGCAGCAGUGUUGGUGUGUGUGUGUGUGUGUGUGUGUGUGUGUGUGUAGGGGGCCUAAAUACCCUAAAGGCACCAGAUCACAUCUGAUUUUGAAAGAUAAGUAGGGUCAGCCCUUUUUAGUA